AUGUUUCCUUCUCAUCGACUCAUAUUCCUAGCUGCAUUUCCUAUCAUCCUGCUCUUCAUCCUACAGCAGGGGUAUGUACCUUUCUCAAUACAGGGCCAAGUUCUGUCAUGGCUGCCGGACGAUGUACUGGAUAAACUGAUUACUCGACCAACCGUCCACCUCCGCCAAGGUAUCGUCGUGGGAACUAGAUUGUCCGAUUCCCUGCCACGACCAGUAGAUGCAUUCCGAGGAAUUCCUUAUGCUCUACCUCCCACUGGAGACAGGAGAUUCCGCAGAGCCGUAGCAGUGGGCUCUUCGAAUGAUACCAUUGACGCGAGUCGGUUCGGCCCACGAUGCCCUGGUAAACAACUAUUGAACGUUUCUGGCGAUGUUACUAGUUCGGAGGAUUGCCUGACGGUGAACGUGUUUCGUCCUCAUGGCGUAAAAUGCAAACUGCCCGUUGCAGUGUACGUGCAUGGUGGAGCAUAUAACCGUGGUACAGCUUCAAUGCAUAACACUGCAUCCAUGGUGGGAUGGUCCAAGAAGCCAUUCGUCGCAGUAAGCUUCAACUAUCGUAUCGGCGCGCUGGGAUUCCUUCCAUCGACUGUGUCAGCUCAAGAUGGAAUACUCAAUCUCGGAUUGCAUGACCAGAUCCUUGCUUUCAAGUGGGUGCAGGAGAAUAUCGAAGCGUUUGGAGGGGAUCCCUCGCAAGUGACGCUCAUCGGCCUGUCUGCAGGAGCACACUCAAUCGCGCACCAUAUCAUGAACGACGACCUCGGCACCUCCCUCUUUCACCGAGCCGUCCUCGAGUCGGGCGCAGCAACCUCCCGCGCUGUGCACCCAUACAACGCGCAACUACACGAGACCCAAUUCCAAGGAUUUAUCACAGAAGCUGGCUGCACCGAUAGACCACAAUCGGAGAUAAUGAACUGCCUGCGCAGUCAACCCUCAUCAACCGUCAUCAACGCCUCCUUCACCAUCUUCGACCGAUACAACCCCUCCGUCCGCUGGGCCUUCCAACCCGUCAUCGACGGGGACCUGAUCAAGCGCCGCCCAAUCGACGCCUGGCGCUCGGGGAAAUGGAACAAAAUGCCCAUCCUGACCGGCUUCAACACAAACGAAGGCACAUACUACGUCCCGUCCGCAAUGUCGCAGUCCUCCGAAUUCACAAACUUCUUCCACACCUUGCUCCCUGCCUACUCGGACAAUGAUAUAAAGACCAUCGACGAGCUCUACCCAGACCCCGCGGUGGAUCCCUCCUCCCCAUAUCUCGAAACUAGAAACAUACCCGUCGGUCCGCAGUAUAAGCGCGUCGAAGCUGCGUAUGGUCAUUACGCGUAUGCCUGUCCGGUGAGGCAGACCGCGACUCUCGCCUCGGCGGGGCAGGAGGAGCCUAUGGCGUAUGAGACGUUCAAUCCGGAGGUGCGAGAGAUUUCGAGGAGUCAGGAGGAGAUCGCUGGGAUGUUUCAUGCGUACAUCACUUCGUUUAUUGUGACUGGGAAUCCGAAUGCGGUGGGGGGACGGUAUGAGAAUCGCACAGUGUGGGCGCCUUAUGAUGCCUCAUUGGCAUCUGGACGAAAGAUUAUGGUCUUUGGAGAAGGAAGUGAUGAACGUGCCGGUGGGAGUGCCACAGGUGUUGCAGCGCAGUUGGUGGAGGAUGAAUGGAGCCGAAGAGAGUGUGAGUUUUGGUGGACAAAGGCGGGUAUUUCAGACUUGAAAUAA